AUGCAAGAUACAAGAUGGCCAGCCAAGACGGCCAAGAUGUCCAAGACGGCCAAGAUGUCCAAGACGGCCAAGACGGCCAAGAUGGCCAAGACGACCAAUAAUGUACUCGCGACCGCACACCAGGGUAUUAACCCCGCCAUCGAAUCGAGCAUGGCGUUAGCCGUUGUGAGGAGGAGGGGGUGGUCGGCCAUGGCAUUGUUCCGGGCGAAAGGCAGUCAGGCUGAGAUGAGAGAAUUCAGUCGACCCGAAGCAAGCGACGCAACAGCGGCAAGCCUCCCGUUGGCAAACGAAAUGUCCCGCCACCAUGUCCUCAUCCUCGGCGGCCACGGCAAAAUCGCCCAGCUGCUCACCCCGCUUCUCCUACAGCGCUCCUGGACCGUCACGAGCCUCAUCCGGACCGAGAGUCAGAAGGCCACGGUCGAGAAGCUUGGCUGCGACUUUCCCGGCAAGCUCAACGUCCUCGUACGCAGCAUCGCCGACGUCGACAGCCAGGACGGCGCUCGGUGCAUCCUCGACGAGGUCCAGCCUGACUAUGUCGUCUGGAGCGCCGGUGCCGGUGGCAAGGGUGGCAAGGAAAUGACGUUCAGGGUCGACCGCGACGCCGCGAUUCACUUCAUCCACGCCGCCGCCUCGAUGCCGUCCAUCAGUCGCUUCCUCCUCGUCUCCUACACGGGCUCCCGCCGCUCGGGCGCCUCCUGGUGGCGCGCGGGCGAAUGGGACGAGUACAACCAGAAAGUCAACCAAGGCGUCCUCGCCGACUAUUACCGGGCCAAGAUUGUCGCCGACGAGGUGCUGUACACGACGACGAGCAGGAAAGACUCUUCGCUCGUCGGCCUCUGCCUGCGGCCAGGCACCCUCAGCGACGGGCCUGCGGGGGGCAUCGAGUUUGGCAAGACGAAGCAUGUCAUGGGCCAAGUGAGCAGGAUAUCGGUCGCGCGGACGGCGGCGGCGCUGCUUGCCGCCGACGGCGUAAGGACCUCUUGGCUCGAUCUGCUCGACGGUGACGAGGACGUCGACGCAGCCGUCGGGCGCGCCGUUCGUGACGGUCUCGACGCAGCCGAGGGAGAGAAGGUGCAUGCACCGUAA